AUGCCGAACAUCUACCGGAGCCCCUAUGGUCCUAAGCUGAAGAACGGACUGCACUUCGGUCCAUGGACUCCCGGUCUCAUCACUCGCCUUGGCUUUACCACCGGUGCGUUUGGUGGCGUAGCUCUUUUCGCUGCUGUUUUCUUCGCUGAGGGCGUUCCACGUGUGAGGAGUGAUAUUUUGCAGAAGAUUCCAGUUUUUGGUUCCUACUGGGUCAGGGAAAUUCCGGCCUCGGAUAAUCCCUUCUAA